AUGGAGCUGGAGGAAGGGAUGACGGCGGUGGACAAUAUAGUCACUCAGUUCAACACCUAUGAAGAUUUCCUCGACUCACAGAUCACUACCGUGGACUUGUACUACCUGGAGGAUGAAAGCUUGGCCCGCCAGCUGGUGGAGCUGGGGUAUCGAGGGACUGGAGAGAUAAUAAAAAGAGAGGAUUUUGAAGCGAGGAAGGCAGCUAUAGAGAUUGCAAGGCUGGCUGAAAGGACUCAGAAAAAGACUCUUACUAAUCGGGGAAAGGACUUGGUAGAUAAUUCGGUUACACUGAUUGCAUUUAGGCACCAACACACUAAAAGUGGGAAAAAAUCAUCCGUGAUCUUCAUUCGGGACAGGAACUCUCACGGGCAGGAGGUGUCUGGGUACAUCGACUUCGCCCACAGGCUGAAGACGGAAGAUUUCGAAGUCUACUUCAACGGGAAAAAAAAACUUCUUCCCAAACCCACGGAUAUGAGCUUUUACAAUUGGGACAACCAUAUUGCUCUUUGUAAUUCAACUCCCAACUAUCAAGUGAUUUCUGAUAAUCCGGAAGGCUUACUUUUCAAAUACAAAAGAGACCGAAAAAUUCUCAAUGUGGACCCAAAGGCACAACCAGGUGAUAACUCUACGAGAACCCCUAUCCAGACGGACCUCUACAUUCAAGUUGCCAUUUUUGACCAUGUUUCCAGAAGAAAGACUUAA